AUGACGGCUCAUACUCCCAAUGAGUCGCAUCUUGUUGCGCCCCAACCACCAGGCGAAGUAGCCAUGGCCGGUGAUGCCGAAGAAGGACACAAGAGAAAGGGCAGGCGGCGAUCGACCUUGCGGCAUUUUGGUCCCUCCAGCCUGAAAAAGCUAAAGAAAGACUUCUUCUCCCUCGCAGAUUCCAGACGCAGUUUAUCCAAAAGCUUCCGGUCUUCAGUUACCAAGGGAGAUAAACAGGAUCCGCUACCAUUCUCUGACGGAGCUCCUGGUGAUCCGGUGGAAGAUCCGAAAACGAGCAGGAGGCGAAGCACAAUGCGCCACUUUUCGCCAUCUAGCCUCGUCAAGCUCAAGAAUGACUUCUUCUCGCUUCCCGAUUCCAGGCGUAGUGUGCUCUCCAAGAGUAACCACAAGUCCAUGCCCAUGACAACCUCCACUGCCAUGGGAGAGCAAGAUGAUCCCGAACCGUUGAGGAGGAAUACAUACCCACAGACCAAGAAGGAGCGACGAACAUUGAAGCAACGGUUCGGGCCAAAGAGGAGCCUAAUCCUCAAGUUGAAGAAUGGAUUCUUCCGCUCGUCGCGACAUCCCGAGGAGGAAGUAACAACUGAUCCCACGUCGACCUCGCGUGCUUGA